CCAGACGGCCGCGUAACAGACAUGUCACGUUUAUCAGGCUGCUUUCUGCUUGUAACACGGUUAAGUGGUUUUGGGUUCCAUAUACAUCAACCUCUUAGUCUAGCGCAUAGGAUGCAAAGUAUUUCGAUAUUGAAAGUUAUACAAAUUGAUCAGUCGAACGUUGCAUUCACUUGUCAUAUUUAGUUACCUGUAAUAGUAUGGUCGUGGGACAUCUGCAUUAAGACUUCCUGCUGCUUCGCUUGCGACUACACCCUACCUCUUUCUGAACAAAGGACAUUUUCAUUUGCUAUGUAACAUCGAGUAUUGUGUCCUCAUCGUUUGGUUCACAAAGCGACAGGAAACUCAGCGCAAUAGGAGGGUCUCUUCCUAGAAAAGAAAGUGAAGGCAGUUUAUACUUUCGCAGACAAAUGGUAUUUCAUUUCUAGUUCUCCUCUUUGGCGGAUUAACUAUAUUUCUCGGUCCAUCCUGUAAUAUGGAACGCCAACAUGUUACUCGAUUGACGGCUGGACUCUUGUUCCUCGCAUUUGCUGGAUUUUAUAUCGUUUUUAUCGUAUUUUCUUCGUCAUCCAUCGACUGGAGAGGCUCGUACACCUGGUCUACCUUUAGAUCUGUUGGCAACAACAUUGUUGUCGGCCACGAUUUCUUUUUGUGGCGGAACGAUGGCUCAUGCCGUCUGUAUUUUGAAUUUGGAGGGCGUGUUUAUCGGGACGGAAAUGAAAUGGAAAACUUGACCUUAGCUGGGAUUGACGGCCAAAAGUCCGUCUGUCUCGAUCCAGGUCUGGCUCCGCCACCAGGGAUAUGUGUCGUCUACUCAUUUGGCCUCUCAGAUGAUUGGUCUUUCGAAUCAGCCAUGGCUCUAUACGGUUGCGAUGUCUAUGCAUUCGACCCGUCGCUUCAAUUUCCUAAAAUGCCAAACAAUUCGCAACGCAUUCACUAUUUCAACAUUGGAUUAGGAACAAUUAAUACCAAAAAAGAUUCUGGCGGCUGGAAAAUGACUACGUUAGCAUCCAUCCGCAAGUACUUGCUACACAGCUACCGGCCAAUUGACUUCCUAAAAAUUGAUAUCGAAGGAGACGAAUGGCUCAUCUUGGAGCACAUGUUGCAGGAUGGCCGCAGCCUCCGAUCUGUCAAACAGAUUAGCAUGGAAGUCCAUCUGUUGCAUUCCGACCGCCUCCACUACUACCGCAACCUUACUCAGCGACUGGAAGACUCUGGAUAUGUCCGUUUCUUCUCUCGCCAGAACCGCUGGAUGAAAAAUGCUUACGAAUUGGCCUGGUUCAAUGUCAAUUAUUCUUCCAAGGGUCAGUUACCUGUAGCAAUGCGUGCAGACGGUCGGAAGGAAGACGAUUUGAUGGUUAAUUACAAGUUUCCGCCCAUUGUGUAGCACAAUUUCAAUAAAAAGAAACAUAUGUCAGCGACCGACAGGCCACGCCCACCUGCUCUAACCGUUAAACAUUUGGUUAAACAUUUGAAUUCUAGUUACCAAGUAGUUGAGGAUGAUAGAUCGUUGGCGGCAAAGUGCUCUCGUCUCAUUUAUUUGCCUUGUCCUCUUAGGCUACCACCAACAGAAACUAAUACUUUCUACCUUUUAUUUGCCGCCUUCAACACCAAAUGGAAGUUUGACGUGGAAAGAAAUGCUGCCAUUUUUCUCCAGGAGGGACAUUUUGGCCUGCAAAACUUACUACGAGUUUGGUGGUGUGAUCAACCGUUUGCCAUCGUUGACUUUUCUUGACGGACAGAAAUCUGUCUGCCUCGAUCAGGGAGUGGCUCCCGUACCGGAUCAGUGUGUGGUUUAUUCCUUCGGAAAUAACGGUGAAUGGUCGUUUGAUGAGCAGAUUGAAUCUUACGGGUGUUACGUCUACGUGUUCGAUCCUUCUGUUUGGUACUGGAAACACCAUCAUUCAAAAAAGGUUUUAUUCUACCGUGUGGGUAUUGGCGAGAAGGACGACGAACGGAACGAGCGGCAUUGGAAGAUCAUGAGCCUUACGUCUCUUCGUCAAAUGCUCAAUCACACAAACACCAUCAUCGAUUAUCUGAAGAUGGACAUUGAAGGGGGAGAAUGGCCUGUCCUUUCCCGUUGGCUGGACGACGGAGAUUUGUUAAAUGUUAAGCAACUUGCAAUGGAGAUCCAUCUGGAAAACCCGGAGAGCAUCCCUGGCAAAUACAAUUUACUGCAACGAUUGGAAGCUUCUGGUUUUACACGCUUCUUUGCUCGCGAAAAUCCCUACACAACGAACAGUUAUUUGAAUAAGUACAAUGUAACUGGGCCCAGUUGUUUAGAGUUGGCCUGGUACAAUACAAAAUUUGUACGAUAAUACCAACAGCUCUAGUUUUUGAAAGCUGUGGUAUUUGCAGUGUUUCGAUUCGUAGCUAAGAUUCGUUUCAUUCUCUUCUGUAUGCUGUCUAAUUAUGAUAACCAUUAAAAUGCAUUUGCUCGUCAAAAGGCGGAUUCUAAAAUAAAUUCAAACAUUAAUUAAACUGGGAA